AUGGAGAGCUGGCUGUCAGCUCUUCCUCAUGUCAUUAUCAUGUCAGCAGAAUUUAUCACAGGGAUUAUAGUAAAUGGAUUUCUUGUCAUCGUGAACUGCAGUGAAUUCAUCAAAGGCAGAAAGCUAACAUCGAUACAACUUCUGUUAAUAUGUAUAGGCAUGUCUAGAUUUGGUCUGCUGAUCAUAUUAAUGUUGCAGAGCCUUUUCUCUGUGUUCUUUCCAUUCUUUUAUCGAACCAAAAUUUAUGGUGCAUCAAUGAUCUUCUUCUGGAUGUUUUUCAAUUCGGUCAGUGUCUGGUUUACCACCUGCCUUUCUGUGUUUUACUGCCUCAAGAUUUCAGGUUUCACUCAGUCCUAUUUUCUUUGGCUAAAAUUCAGAACCACAAAGUUAAUGCCGUGGCUGCUUCUGGGGAGCCUUGUGUCCUCUGUGAGCAUGGCAGCCCUGUGUCAUGAAGUUGGGUACCCCAAAAAUGUAAAUGAUGAUGUCCUUAGAAAUGCCACACGGCGGAAGACUGAAGUCAUGGUAAAGCAAGUCAAUGACAUGCUUCUUGUCAACUUGGCGUUACUAGUCCCACUCGCCAUAUUUGUGAUGUGUACUGUUACACUCUUCAUCUCUCUGUACAAACACACUCAUCGCAUGAAAAUGAGAGCUCAAGAACUCAGGAAUGCCAGCACAGAAGCCCAUAUAAACGCAUUAAGAACAGUGGUAACAUUCUUCUGCUUCUUUAUUUCUUAUUUUGCUGCCUUCAUGACAAACAUGACAUUUGGCAUUCCUUACCAGAGUCAGCAGUUCUUUGUGCUAAAGGACAUAAUGGCAGCCUAUCCGUCUGGCCAUUCAGUUAUAAUUGUUUUAAGUAACUCUAAACUGCAACAGCCAUUCAGGAGAAUACUAUGCUUCCAAAGGAAUUGA